AUGGAUGAGACACUUGAAGAAAUAGAGGUGUUGGUGACGCAGCUGCAGAGAGUUCGUCACAAAACCCAAAACGACAACGCCUGCGAAAAGUCGGCGAAGACAACCAAAGAAAUAGCUAAGAUCAUGGAAAUAGUCGGUGGUCCGAAAAGCAGCCCGAGACGUCUACUAUUUAGUGUUUCAUCAUCGAUACUACGAUAUGGGAUUUCUGCCUGGGGUGCGGCGUUGAAAACCAAGCGGAACCACCAAAUGCUGAACAAGACGCUCCGUCUAAUGGCCGUGCGAGUCGCGAGCGCGUACAGAACAAUGCCGUCGGAGGCAGUAUGCGUUAUCACCAGGAUGGUCCCCAUCUGCAUCAUUCUGGCGGAGGAUAUCAUAUACUACAAUCGGAGAAACAACAAGAAGCGUUAA